ACUAAUCAACACGAAACUGAGCUCCUCUCCAAUGCCUUGAACUUCGAAACUCACAGCAAUUUGUUAUUAUUAUAACAGCAAAACGCACACCAAUUAUCAUGACUCUCCAAUAUUAAACUAACCAUCACACUUUCUUUGUUUCACCGUCAUAACAUAGCUUCCUCCUCCUUGGUUUCUUGUUCACUUCUUCUGUAACAAUUUCAUCCAACAAAAGAAAGAAAUGGUUCCGUCAAAUACCGUAACGGCAUUCACCGCAAAGCCGUCUCCGUUAUUAACUUUCGUAAUGCUCAUCGUCCUCGGCGUGGUGGGAUUCUAUUCCCUGCAUUUCCCUCCCCGUCCCACCACCUCCCCCGACCCCUCGCGCUUCCGCCACGUGUUCGUAUCGUCUUCGUCGAACUCCACUGUCGCGAGCUACCUCCGCGCCCUCACCGUGCACCCUCACCUCUCUGGAACAAAACCCGCCUCGUUAACCGCACGCUAUGUGGUGAACCAUUUCACCACCCUCGGCCUUCAAACAAAAACAGUACAACACUCUGCGCUGCUAUCCUACCCGGUGCGCUCCUCGCUCGCCGCGCAUUUUAGCGACGGCACGAGUUUCGAGUUUCAGUUAACCGAACCGGACACUGAGAAGGAAGUGGUGGCGCCGUACCACGCAUACUCGCCGUCAGGUGCGGCGGAGGCGGCCGCGGUGUUUGUGAACUACGGGCGGGAGGAGGACUACCGUCAGCUGGUGGCUGCGGGGGUGGAGGUGGCGGGGUGCGUGGUGGUGGCGAGAGGCGGCGCACUGCCGCGCGGGGCGGUGGUGGAGGCGGCGGAGAGGCACGGUGCGGCGGCGGCGGCGGUGUUCGUGGAGAGGGACACGUGGCGCGAGGGGUUUGAGAGAGGGCACGUGAUGAGAGGGGGGAUAGGGGACCCACUGAGUCCUGGGUGGAGUGGGGUGGAAGGUGGUGAGAGUUUGGGUUUGGAAGAUAGUGAGGUUUUGAAAAGGUUUCCGAAAAUUCCAUCUUUGCCCUUGUCUGCUGAGGCUGCGGAGAGGAUCUUGGAGUCGCUUGGUGGUGCUCCUCUGCCCUUGGAUUGGAGGGGUACCCUCAAGUCAUCCAAGGUUAAGAAUGUUGGCCCGGGCCCCACCAUCCUCAACUUUACUUAUCAGGGUGAAUUGAAGGUGGCUACCAUUGAAAACGUUUUUGCCAUUAUCAAGGGACGGGAAGAACCUGAUCGAUAUGUUCUGCUUGGGAACCAUAGAGAUGCAUGGACAUAUGGUGCUGUUGACCCCAACAGUGGGACAGCUGCUCUACUUGACAUUGCUGGCAGAUUUUCUAUUCUAUUGCGUUUGGGGUGGACUCCACGGAGGACCAUCAUUCUAUGCAGUUGGGAUGCAGAGGAAUUUGGAAUGAUAGGAUCCACUGAGUGGGUUGAACAAAACCUUGUCAAUCUUCGUUCCAAAGCUGUAGCAUACCUCAAUGUAGACUGUGCUGUUCAAGGGCCUGGUUUCUUUGCUGGCUCAACUCCUCAGCUAGAUGAUCUUCUUGUCGAGGUCAUAAAACAGGUCAAGGAUCCUGACACUGAAGGUACUACAAUAUAUGAGAAUUGGGCAGCUGCUGGUGGAAACUCUAAUAUUCAAAGGCUCAGUGGUGUUGAUUCUGAUUUCGCUCCAUUUGUGCAACAUGCAGGGGUUCCAUCUGUUGAUGUAUAUUAUGGAAAAGAUUAUCCUGUCUAUCACACUGCUUUCGAUUCCUAUAACUGGAUGACAAAGUUUGGAGAUCCAUUCUUUCAGCGCCAUGAAGCUGUUACUGGAAUUUGGGGGCUUCUAGCCCUUCGCCUUGCUGAUGAUUCCAUUAUACCUUUCAAUUAUCUUUCUUAUGCGAAUCAGUUACAGGUCUACAAUAACAUAUUGAGCAACUUGUUAGACAAGCAGAUUACUCUACAUCCACUAAAUACUUCGAUUCAAGAAUUUGCUUCUGCUGCCAAAGAAGCUAAUGAUGAAUCAAAGAAAUUAAAAUGGCAAGAAGCUUCAGAUCGUUCUAUAGAUAUGAAAAUGCGAGCAUUGAAUGAUAGACUAAUGCUUGCGGAAAGAGGCUUCUUGGACGUUGAUGGGCUUCAAGGAAGGCAAUGGUUCAAGCAUCUUGUUUUUGGGCCUCCCAGCGACCAUGAAAGCAAGUUGGAUUUCUUCCCUGGAAUCGCUGACUCUCUGUCUAGGAUGGAUAAAAUGAGUGAAAAAGAAAGGCUUGCUGCAAUUCAGCAUGAGAUCUGGAGGGUUGCCAGGGCCAUUCAAAGAGCUGCUUCAGCACUAAGAGGGGAUUUGGCUUAAAACUAGUGGAAAAGAUAGAAAUCAUGUAAAUAUUAUUUUCUUUUUUUGUACAAGAGUAUAGUUAGUCCUCAGGUCCAUUUUUACAUGUAAAUGUAAAACUGUACAUUAAGGGGAAAGCACCUGGCUUCUUUGUUUAUUGCUUCUAUGCUGAUACUUAACUUUUUUAGUUGGGGUUAAAUGAACUUCACCAUUUCGGCUAGGUUUGCUUUUCCUUUUAAGAUGUACCAAAAUAAUUUUGUAAUUAUGAUCUGCUUAAUUUAAUUAUAAGUAGAAAUAUUUUCAAUGUU